AUGUCAUGGUUGAAAAAACACAAUCCCCAAAUUUUGUGGGAAAAACAUACACUUGUUUUUAAUUCUCUAUAUUGUUCCAACAACUGUUUAGCCACACCUGCUGUUUUAGAGCUCAAAGCAGUGGAAGAAAUUCCUGUCCCUUAUCAAGAAUUUGCUAGAGUAUUCUCAGAAGAGGAAUCGUCAAAAUUACCACCCCAUUGUCCUUACAACAUCGCCAUUGAACUACUCCCCGACGCAAAACCCCGACAUGGUCCCAUCUACAGCCUAGGCCCAAGGGAAGAUGUGGAACUCAGGGAAACCAUUGAAAAGCAACUGAAGGCAGGCUUGAUCCGCCCGUCUAAAUCUCCCAUGGCUUCCCCCAUAUUAUUUGUCAAGAAGAAAAACGGGAAAUUACGCAUCAUGACCAAGAAGAACGCCUAUCCCCUACCCUUGCCACAGAAUCUUAUUGAAAAACUACAAGGCGCUAAGAUUUUUAGUAAAUUUGAUCUCAGGGCAGGAUAUAACUUAGUCCGAAUUAAAGAAGGCGACGAAUGGAAAACAGCCUUUAAAACAAAAUACGGAUUAUUUGAGUACUUGGUUAUGCCCUUUGGGUUAACAAAUGCGCCAGCGGCUUUUCAAGAUAUGAUGAACAAAAUAUUCAGGGAUCUUCUGGAUGUUUAUGUCAUCAUAUACCUGGACGAUAUCCUAGUCUUCUCCUUGAACGAGAAAGAUCAUGAAAUUCAUGUGCGCAAAGUGCUAAAGAGGCUACAGGACAAUGACCUCUUUUGUAAUAUUGAAAAAUGCCACUUCCAUGUCAAGAAGAUCGACUAUCUAGGGUUCAUUAUAUUGGAAUUUGGUAUAGAAGUCGACCAAUCUAAAGUCACAGAUGCCAUGAAUUGGUCAACACCUAAGAAUGUCAAAAACAUCCAAGAAUUCUUAGGAUUUGUGAACUUUUAUAGACAAUUUAUCCCCAAUUUUGGUAACUUGGCACGACCCCUAUACAAUUUGCUCAAAAAGGACAGCCUAUGGAAAUGGGAAUUGGCGGAACAACAAUCCUUUGACAGUUUAAAGAAACGCCUCACUUCAGCGCCACUACUCCUACAGCCGGAUACAACAAAACAGUUCUACAUAGAAUGCGAUGCAUCGGACUAUGCCACUGGAGCUAUAUUAUCCCAACGCAACCCUGAAGGGAAACUAGCUCCAGUAGCCUAUCUAUCCAAGUCACUGUCCCCUGCUGAAAAGAAUUACAACAUUUUUGACAAGGAACUAUUGGCAGUCAUUAGGGCAUUUAAAGAAUGGCGCCAUUUACUGGAAGGAUCAGAGUUACCAGUUCAAGUUCUAACAGAUCAUAAGAAUUUGGAGUAUUUCUCUACAUCACAAUCCCUGAACAAACGUCAAAUUCGAUGGGCAAAUUUCCUAGUAGACUACAAUUUCCAAAUCAUCUACAGACCAGGAGCACAAAAUAAGAAGGCAGAUAUCCUCUCUAGACGCUAUGAUCUAGUACCCCUUGAAGGGGGGGUAGAGAACCAAGUUCUCUUGAAACCAGAACUUUUCAUCUCAUCAAUCACCCCAGAUCAGGAAAUUAACGACCUGAUUGGUGAAGCAAUCUAUGAGGAUGAGCGUCUUAAAGAGAUCUUGUACAAGCUCCAGAACAAGAAUAAAGUAGUUGACUGGGAGUUAAAAGAAGGAUUACUAUGGUUUCAAGGGAAAAUAUUUGUACCUAAGGAUGAGACUAUCAGGAACCUUAUUCUAGAGUCCAGACAUGACGCUUUAGCAGCAGGGCAUCCAGGACAGGCCAGAACAUUGGAACUUGUCUCCCGAAAUUAUUACUGGCCUUCCCUAAAGAAAUUUGUCAACUCUUAUGUCAACCAUUGUGAAACCUGCAUUUGGUCCAAACCUACAAAUCAAGUACCUAUAGGUCUAUUAAAGCCAUUACAAAUUCCUGAACGUCCUUGGGAAGAUAUAGCAUACAAUAUGAUUGUAGGAUUACCAGUAUCAGAAGGGUUUGACGCUAUCCUCACUGUCAUUGACCGGUUCUCAAAAAUGGUACAUUUCAUUCCCACUCAAUCCACGGCGUCUGCUAUCAACAUUGCCAAUUUGUUCAUCACAUACGUAUGGAAAUUACACGGUCUACCUAGGAGUACAGUCUCAGAUAGAGGUCCCACUUUUAAUGCCAAGUUCAUUCGUCACUUAUAUAAAAGGCUGGACAUCAAGCCCACAUACUCUACAGCCUACCAUCCGCAAACAGAUGGACAGACAGAACAGAUACAAAGAGAGGCUGAAAUCUUCAUUCAAAUGUUUGGGAAUCACCGACAAUCAGACUGGGUAUCAUUACUCCCUAUAGCCAAGUUUGCCCUUAAUAACUUAAAGCAAUCUUCCACGGGUAAAUCCCCUUUCCAAAUAUGUUACGGAGUAAAUCCACGAUUCUCUGUGGGCCAAAAAUCAGAUGAAUCCGUUCCCAAUGCAGACAAACAUGCAGAAUUCCUAGAAAAAGGCUACGAUGAAGUCAAAGCAGCACUCUCAUUGUCACAAGAAAGGAUGAAACAUUUCUACAACCAACGUCACAGAGAGGAAGAAGAAAUUCAAGUAGGAGAUAAGGUCUGGUUAAGCCAUCAAAAUAUAUCCACCGACAGACCGUCCAUUAAACUCAGCCAUAAAAAGUUAGGACCCUACUUAGUAAUUGAAAAAAUUGGUUUGCAUGCGUAUAAAUUACAACUACCCCAUACUAUGCGCAUACACCCAGUCUUUCAUAUCAACCUUCUAACAAAGUUCCACCCCAAUCCUCACGGACGUGAUCCUCCUCAACCUGCACCAAUCAUCACAGAAGAAGGUGAAGAGGAAUACGAAGUAGAAAAAAUCCUAGAUAGCAAAUGGAAAGGACGAGGGAAAACAAAGAAGUUAUGGUACCUGGUCAAAUGGAAAGGAUAUGAUGAAGGAAGUAAUUCAUGGGAGCCAAUAGACAAUGUGGGAAAUGCUCAAGAAAUCCUAGAAGAAUUUCACAAGGAACAUCCUGACGCAGUUGGAGCUUGA